CCUUUUCCCCCGAUCUCGACUCCGGCAACAGACCUGAUUCCACAAUGAGCGAGACCAAAACGGGGCGGAGGAGACGGUCAAGUAGCAUCAUCUACCAGGAGCCUCCAGAGUCGAUAGAGCAUACCAGUGAUCAGGCUGCCCUACCUAACCUAAAUGCCAAUUGGGUUAAUGCGAAAGGUGCAUGGACUAUCCAUUUCGUAUUAAUCAUCGCUCUUAAGAUUUUCUACGACAUCAUCCCAGGCGUAUCACAAGAGACUUCAUGGACACUCACCAAUAUCAGUUAUAUGUUUGGUUCGUUUCUCAUGUUUCAUUGGGUUCGAGGAGUACCGUUCGAAUUCAACGCCGGGGCAUAUGACAACCUAAAUAUGUGGGAGCAAAUCGAUAAUGGAGACCAGUAUACACCAGCAAAAAAGUUCCUUCUCAGCGUCCCGAUUAUUCUCUUCCUACUCAGCACCCACUACACUCACUAUGACCUGACCUACUUCAUAAUAAACUUCUUGGCAGUCCUGGGAGUGGUCAUUCCGAAAUUACCGAUCUCUCACCGAAUGCGGAUAGGCCUAUUUUCAGAGCAUAGUGAUGACCCUUGAGGGCAAGAUUACGGCGUUUUAAGAAAAAGGCGAAAAGAAAUCAAAUUGAAGAAUGAAGAAAAUUCUCAACGUUGGCCUGGUUACUUUUCCUUUUUGCUAUCUCCGCCUCUUUUUUUAACCACAAAAGUAUAUUGUCCGUCACUGGCUUCCACGGCUGUGUAAAGCGUCCCAUCUUAUUAGAUUCAAAUUAAACAAUUGUUUGAUUUUCUUC